AUGGCUUCGAUCACAGCAACCGAGCAGUCGAGGAAAAAUGUCGAAUUUAUCGUUAAAAAUCUUCUUGCUGGAGGUGUGGCCGGCAUGUGCUCGAAAACGGCCGUCGCACCGCUCGAUCGCAUCAAGAUCCUGCUGCAGGCACACUCGAUCCACUACAAACAUCUCGGCGUGUUUAGCGGUCUGAAGCACAUCGUCCAGAAGGAAUCGUUCUUCGCGCUGUACAAGGGCAACGGUGCCCAGAUGGUACGGAUAUUUCCGUACGCUGCCACACAGUUUACCGCGUUCGAGGUGUACAAAAAGUAUCUGGGGAAGGCGCUCGGCACGAACCUUCCGAUCAAGCAUGCGGACAAAUUUAUAGCUGGUGCGGCCGCAGGUGUGACCGCAGUCACCUUGACGUAUCCGCUCGAUACGAUAAGAGCCCGGUUAGCGUUCCAAGUUACUGGCGAACAUCGGUACAAUGGUAUUGUACACACUGCCGUAACAAUCUUCCGGACGGAAGGUGGAUUGCGUGCCUUAUACCGGGGAUUCGUACCAACGCUGAUGGGUAUGGUACCGUACGCCGGCUUUUCAUUCUACUGCUUCGAGAUGUUGAAGUUUGUCUGCAUGAAGUACGCACCGGGCAUAACGUGUAAAAAGUGUGACCGAAACACCGGUGGACUAGUACUUUGCGUCCCGGCAAAGUUGCUUUGUGGUGGAUUUGCCGGUGCCGUCGCACAAUCCUUCUCCUAUCCGCUGGACGUUACGCGAAGGCGGAUGCAGCUGGCGAUGAUGAAUCCGGAAACAGCGAAAUUUGGGAGCAUGGGCAUGUGGAAAACGUUAUCGAUUAUCUACAACGAGAAUGGCAUCAUGAAGGGUCUGUACCGGGGGAUGUCGAUCAACUAUCUGCGCGCCAUACCGAUGGUGGCCGUCUCCUUCUCCACCUACGAGGUGUUAAAACAGGCCCUUAAGCUGGACACGGGCAUGAAGAUUUGA